CCACAUAAACUCAACUGGUUAAACUUCAGUAAAUGCGUAUCCCACAUGACUUGAUUUAUAGUUUCUCUUUUCUCCACAGGAAGAAAAGAAGAAGCCAUACUCAGAUGUUACAUCUACUUAGAACUCUACAGAGCAAUGGAAUAUCAUCCUGACUUGGAUAUGGUGGAUGAAGAUGGAUACACUAAAUUAAAUUUUAGUACUCGAGGCGCCACCAGAAGAACUGUGAGCUUAGAGAAAGGAACUUCUGCUGUGUCUCCUCCUUGGAGGCUCAUUGCUGUACUUUUGGGAAUUUUAUGCACGGUGAUGCUAGUGAUAGCUGUGGCCCUGGGCUUCCUGAUCUUUUGGAGAUCCAAUUCAGGGAGCAGCUCAUUAGAGAAAGACAACUCUCUGUCAAGAAACAAAGAGUACCAAAAUCAACCCACAAAAUCAUCUUUAGAAGAGAAUGCGGCUCUUACCAAAGCUCUCAAAACCACAGGAGUCUUUUCCAGCACCUGUCCACCUAACUGGAUUGCACAUGAGAAGAGCUGUUACCACGUCAUCAUUUCACAGGAUUCCUGGCAUGGAAGUAAAAGAAGGUGCUCCCAGCUGGGCUCCCAUCUCAUAAAGAUAGACACGUUGAAAGAAUUUGAAUUUAUAGUAGGAGAAGUGUCUUCCUAUACUACUAACUCCUUUUGGAUUGGGCUUUCUCGUAAUCAGACUGAGGCACCAUGGCUCUGGGAGGAUGGAUCCACUUUCUCUAACUUAUUUCAAAUCAGGAGCACAGCUACAGAGGAAAGCACAACUCACAAUUGUGUAUGGAUUCAUAUGGGGAAUGCUUAUGACCAAUCCUGUAAUAUUUUCUCAUUCACUAUCUGUGAGAAGCUGCUGUGAGGAUGAAGAGAUGAAAGAGAAAAAUAGUUGACAUUGUAAGGAUGACAAAAAGCAAAGCAAAAGGAAUGGCAUUUGAGGUCAAACUAAAUGCUGUAAGGAUUGACAGCUUGGAAAACUUGAGUCUUAGCUGAGAAAUAGGAUGAAAGGCUGUGAUUUCUGUACUUGUCAACUCCAUGGGGGAAGCUAAUAUUAAGUUUUAGUAGCUAGAGUCUUAGACAUGGAGUUAGGGCACAAAGUUUGAAUUUUAUUGUAAGAUUGUUUUAGUAUUUUCAAGGAAUAAACCACAAGGCCUUGGUGCUUCAAGGUAAUCUUGGUUUCUGGCUCUUCCAGAAUCCUUUCUUAUUCCAGAAAGUGCCCCUAGAGGACGUAAUGUGUGCUUCCAUGACUUGGUCCUAGAUUUCCAACGUAACAGACAUAGGUAGAUGACAAAAUGUACAGCAGUGCCUUGGUUCAUGAACACUUUUGUUUGCAAAGAGUUUGGUUCAUAAACCAAAGCAUUUGGCAAAAUUUUGUUUUUGUUUGUAAACUCUGCAUCAGGUGACAAACAUGACCACAGUCAUCCUUCCUGCAUGAACAUGAGCAUGGGCAUCUUUUCAUAACCAUGGAGUAAAUUAAGUUCCUGAACUGAGGUACCACUGUACUUCUGAAUUAUUAAGUGAAGAAUUGGAAGAAACUUUACUACAGUCAGUUACUACUUUCAUCAAUGUGAUC